CUCUGAUACUGAGAACCGCUGUAGUGUGGGCAAAUCUGAAUACACAUGCUGAUUGCUAUGAAGUGACAAUGACAGCGAGGGGUAACAGCAAAAAUGAUACAAACUUGAUUCAUAGCAGGGCUUCAUGACCAGAACAUGGGGUCCUGCAGGUGUUCUCCAGGCUCAGGGAUCACCUGGGGCUGGUGUGAAACAAUUCUGGGAUUUUGCUGUGGCUGAGUUCAUCCAGAGGGUUAACACAAAGGACUGGGCCUCAGCUCUGGAAAACAGGGUGUCUCCUAAUAGUAAAAAGAGAGGAGUAAAAAUAGAGGGGUGGUCUUGGCAUGGGGAUCCUGACGCAACAAAUGAUUGGAUAAUGUGAACAAAUAACUAAAAUACAAGCACACAUCAGAUUUAAGUUCAUCUAGGUCAAACACAGAAUAAAUGUUUUAUAUCAGAAGUAUAUUCCCUUACCAAAUCCUCCCCCUUCUCCUUAGGAUUCCUCUUAAAAAAAGCUAUCUUGAACAAUUGUCCCCAAGGAUAGCACUUUGACUUAGUUUCUUAAAUACUGAGCACUGGUUACGAAGAUGCUUAGUAUAUGGUUUAUACAGAAGUCUCAAGUAUUACAAUGUAACCAUAAAUAAACAGAAGUAGGGCUUUCUUGUACUAUCUAAUAUUUAGGUAAUCUCUUAAAAUUACUUUCAAUCCAGGAUAUAGAAUAUAUCACCAACUGUCAGAGCUGAAAAACAGUCUUAUUCUCCACUUUUUCAGAAGAAACUCAGGCCCAGUGAUAUUAAGUGAUUUGUCCCAACAGGAAAUUAAGACUCCCAGUGAUUAGAACCUGGAUCCCCUCACUGUUCUUUUCACUGUACCACAUUAUGAAAUGACAUUUCAUAUAAAACUGAAUGAUGAAGUUGAGAUUUAUUGCUUUGUGUGUACACAAAGUGGAAACUAUAGACACCAUAAUAUUUAAACUACUGCUAUUUGUUCUACUGGGUUAACCUGUAUUGUCAAAGGACUCACUGUUUUUUCUUUGUGUAUACCUUUUUGGAUAUAUGUUUUCAUACAAAUAUGGCAGUGAUUUACAUGGAUUUAUGUUUUUGAAGUAUGUAGUAAAUACUGAAAAAAUAGGAAAUAGUAGUUUUAUUUUGGAAUUGAGUAUAUCAAGCAACAGUUAUGUAUGAGGGAAAAAUGAUAAGCCUUAUUAGGAAACUGCUUCUGAGUUUUAUUUUAAUAGCACUACAAAAUGGCAAUUUAAGCGGCUAACAAACUUUUUAUACACAUUUUAUUCUUUAGUCAUCUCUUUUUUGAAUUUGCUUUCUCUAACCAAAAGGGGGCAUACUACUUUUGCAAAGAUACCUUUUUCCAUUAGGGAAAUGACUACCUGCUUGUCUUUAUCCUCAGCCAUUGUUUAUGCAUUAACAGUUUGAAGACACUGGUGGAAUAGCAAAAAUAGAGAAAAACAUUUUCGUUUAAUGAUAUUCGAAUUGUCUUAUAGCUGCGCAUGAUGGUGACUAGGAAAAACUCUAAAUACGCAGAGUUUUACCGUUUACAAGGAAAGAUGAACGAAUUAAAGCCCUAGUAGUACUACAGAAGUGUAGGAUUAAAUGGGAAGUUGUUUUUUUCGUUAUUUAAUCCUAAAUCUAUAGGGGUGAGUGGCAGAUGUACGCAAGAUUAUAGGGAAGAAACAUCUAAGUAACAGAUCAAGACAGACUCCGGAUUAGCAGGGAAGGCCUCCUUGGAGAAGUGUCUGAUUAGUUCGGCGGAGCCUCAGCUCUGGCCACUGGCAGGGGACGGACGGUUCUAGGUGGGCCGCCCAGGACCCCGAAGUAGAGCACAAAGCACGACCCGUACGGGUGUGGGGGAGGGGGAGGAGGGCGCUGGCCGAGGUUUGAAGCAACUUCAGAGGCGUCUAUCUCACGACUCUGCAGCCGCCGAGUUCUCGGAAAGUGGGCGCACGGUCCUUUCCAGCCCCUGCGCGCCACCGCCUUCACACAUGGAGAUUGUGACGUCACUCCACUCCUCCGGCCCCCGUCUCCUCCUCUGUUGGGAUGCGGCCCUCCCCAGUCGGCCUCCUCCCUCCCUUUGCCGUCGUCGCCGCAUCCCCUCCCAUGAGGUCACGUGGAAUGGCACAUAGCCGACACGCCCGCUGAAGCGCCUUCGACUGUUCCCUGCAAGCCACCGUAGAAGCCCUCGGGCCGCCGCCAGGACGGAAGCCGGGGAGGUUGGAGAGUGACUACGGGCUGCGGCAGCCUCAGCUCCUGCUCUCUGCGCGGGCCCCCGGGAUGGCAGCAGCAGCUGCGGCGAUGGCCGAGCAGGACAGCGCCCGGAACAGCGCCCGGAACCGGGGCGGGGUCCAGCGGGUGGAGGGCAAGCUCCGCGCUAGUGUCGAGAAGGGCGAGUACUAUGAGGCGCACCAAAUGUACCGGACCCUGUUCUUCAGGUACGUGUCACAAGGCAAACACAUAGAGGCAAGAGAACUGAUGUACUCAGGGGCAUUGUUGUUCUUCAGUCAUAGUCAACAGAACAGUGCUGCCGAUCUUUCCAUGCUGGUUUUAGAGUCCUUGGAGAUAUCAGAUGCGAAAGUAACUGAUGAGCUAUUGGAAAAUUUGGCUAAAGUGUUUAGUUUGAUGGAUCCAAAUUCUCCAGAAAGAGUGGCAUUUGUAUCCAGAGCACUGAAAUGGUCCAGUGGUGGAUCAGGGAAAUUGGGUCAUCCAAAACUACACCAGUUAUUGGCUAUCACGCUAUGGAAAGAACAGAAUUAUUGUGAGUCUCGGUAUCAUUUUCUGCACUCCACAGAUGGAGAAGGUUGUGCAAAUAUGUUAGUAGAAUAUUCUGCCUCUCGAGGAUAUCGCAGUGAGGUGGACAUGUUUGUAGCACAGGCGGUCUUACAGUUUCUCUGUUUAAAAAAUAAAAGCAGUGCUUCAGUGGUAUUCACAACAUAUACGCAGAAACAUCCUUCAAUACAGAAGGGACCUCCAUUUGUACAGCCCUUGCUCAACUUUAUCUGGUUUCUGCUGCUGGCUGUUGAAGGAGGCAAACUAACUGUAUUUACAGUAUUAUGUGAGCAGUAUCAGCCCUCACUCAAGAGAGAUCCUAUGUACAAUGAGUAUCUUGAUAGAAUAGGACAGCUCUUUUUUGGAGUACCACCCAAGCAGACGUCAUCCUAUGGAGGCUUAUUAGGGAACCUUUUGAACAGUCUUAUGGGAUCAGGGGAGGAAGAGGAUGCAGAAGAUGGUCAAGAAGAUAGCAGUCCUAUUGAACUCGAUUGAAAACUUUUUUCACUAGGAACUGCAUGAAUCAGACAACUUGAUAACUCAAAAGACAUUUUCAGAAUAUGAGCCCUGAAAUUUUGUUUUUCACAACUAGGAGGGCUCUCCAUUCUGUUAAAAGAAGGUUGCUGAGAUGUUUAUAAUGUUUGGUCUAUAUUAUUUAUGUAAAAAGGGUAGCCAGAAGAACUGAUUGGAGUGAUUGUUAGCAGCUUUUCAGUAUGCUGACAAGUGACUUUUGAUUGAGUUAUAUAGUCAUUUAUGGUUUCAAAUGCAGUAUUCCUUUUCAGAUUAAUACAAAAUAAAGCACAGGCAUUACUGUUACUUUACUCUUUCAAAAUCAUUUUGUUUCAGUUUCUUAUGGGGGAAAAAUAACGCAUUAACUUGCUGUCACAAAGGAAUGUCUUGAAAGGCAGGGUAGUUUUUAGCUUUAUCUCUGAGCCUGGUGCCAAAUGUGUUUCAAGGCAUGCCAAAAGAAAGGGUGCAUUUCGUUAGCUAGAUAACAUCAAGCUAAGUACCUUUUGAAGUGCAGCAAAUUUUUGGAAUACAAAAGAAUUGGCUAUCUCAAAUCACAAUGGAACUUGUGCCCAUCAAAACUGAUUUAUUUUUUAGCCUUUCAAAUGUGUGUGUUCUGAGUUUUGCUUUAAUUUGAAUGGAUCUUUGUAGCAUGUAGGUAAGAGGCUGAAGAUAUUGAAGUCCAUUCUACUGGUUUUAUCAUAACAAAUUCUCAUGUUGUCAAUCUUUCUCCUUCAUCCGUGGGAUUUUGCUGCCUUUGAUGGACUUUGACAGUGUUAGUUGUGUAUGUGUGUAAGGUGACAGUUGUGUGUAAUAAAGCAAGCCAGCAACCCCUGCCUUCUAAGUACAACCACUUUUGAAAUGUCAUUUAAGGAAAAGGGAUACUGCAGAACUUUAAUUUCUAUCUUAAUGCAAUAUUUAUUUUUAUUGGGUGAAUGAUUCCUUUAACUUAACAUUUUAGAGAAAAAAGACAUGAAAUUACAGGAAUAACUGCAGACCAGGAGUUAGCAAGUCUACAUUUUAUCACCUUAUGAUGCAGUGCAGUAUGCCAGAUAUUACCAAUAUAAUUACAAAAGGGGGUGGGGGGGGAAACACUUUAUUUUUUCACAGUUAAAAGACGUAGAUUAAUACACAGUGAUCAUGCAUGGGGAGGAGGGAAAUACAAUUUUAUUUACUGUAAAAACAAAUGGAAUUUAAAGGAAGGUUUUGUGUUAAUGUUGAGUUUAAAUAAAUACUUUAUACUGGGA